AUGGACCAAGACGCAUACGAUGACAAGAUCGAAGAGAUUCUCCAAGACAAGGACACCUACUCCAAACUCAACAGAGACCCAACUCAGGCCAACGAAAGGAAAAUCAACCAACAACUGCUGACCCUACACCGAUCCGAUGCACUACCCAAGGCACUCUACUUCCAACUCAGAUCGUCUUCAGCCAAGUCAUCUAUCUUAUUCGGACAACCCAAGAUACACAAGCCUAACACUCCUCUCCGCCCUAUCAUCUCCACUCGUGGGUCACCCUGCUACAACACAGCACGCCAUCUGGCCAACAUCCUCCAACCACUCGUAGGCCAGACCCAGCACCAUGUCACCAACUCCAAGCACUUCAUAGACGUCAUCUCCAAAACCAAGAUCCGGCCCUCCGACACACUUGUCAGCUUUGAUGUCGUCUCCCUCUUCACCAGCGUACCUGUAGACCAAGCAUGUGACAUCAUCAAGCAACGCCUGAUCACCGACUCAGACCUAGCAUCCAGAACCAAUCUCACACCAGACCAGAUCCACGACGUCCUCCUCACCUGUCUCAACUCCAACUCCUUCAAAUGGCGCAACAACUACUACAAACAACUACAAGGAGCAGCCAUGGGGUCACCUCUCUCACCAAUCAUCGCUAACAUCUUCAUGGAACACUUUGAGCACCAAGCACUCAAGACUGCGGACAAACCUCCUUCACUCUGGCUCCGCUACGUCGACGACACCUUUGUCAUCUGGCCGCACAGCACACCCGACCUUCACCAGUUUCUCAACCACCUCAACAACCAGCACCCCAGCAUCAAGUUCACCAUGGAGACCCAACGCGACAACUCAAUUCCAUUUCUAGACGUUCUCAUCACUAAGACACCGUCUGGAUUCCCAUCUCACCAGGUGUACCGAAAACCUACCCACACAGACCGCUACCUCAACUUCCGCUCACACCACCACCCGUCCAUCCACCAAUCAGUCGCCGACACUCUCGUCAGACGAGCCCACCAACUCAGCGACAAGGCACACUUACAUCAAGAACUCAAGCACGUGACCAAUGCACUCACCACCAUCAACCACUACCCCAGAAGAAGGAUCAAGACUCAACCACCCAGCCACCAACCCAGCACCGACAGCACCGAAAACCCAUCCGAAACCAAGCCCGUCGCCACCAUAGUACUACCCUACAUCGGCAAGACUUCACACCGACUACAACGCAUCCUUCACUCUGCCAACAUCCUCGUCAGACACCAAUCCUCUCGAAAACUACACUCCAUCCUUCACUCUCAUAAGGACAAGCACCCAUCCAACAAACAACCAGGCGUCUACAAGAUCCCCUGCGACUGCGGUAAAGUCUACAUUGGGGAAACCGGCCGAGACUUCGACACCAGACUCAAGGAACACAAGACCCACCACCGACGCAGCGACUGGGACCGAUCCGCCAUCGUCAAGCACGCACAACAAGAGAAUCACCGCAUAGAAUGGGAAAGGAGCCACCUAAUCACCAACAUCCGGCACUGGAAUACCAGAAGGGUCAGGGAAGCCAUUGAGAUACAUCAACACAACACUGUGCCUCAAGACCCUGGCCUCCACAUCAACAGCAUCUGGCACCCAAUCCUACGUCACCAUCAAACUUCUAACCAAUCCACAAACAACCAACCGUCCACCGUCACUCCACCGAGCCCUCCUACCCAACACAGCAGUCUGAUUGCAUCACCAACUCAACCAGGGACUCCGCCGACACACACACCACCGCCACCGACACCUCGCUACAACCUCCGCCGUCGACCCAACACCUCAUCCGUAUACCAGGCCACCCACUCACUCCCGCCGAAGCUCACCCGACGAGUCCGCCGACCAACACGCACAGAACGCUACCAUUGA